AUGUCUCCUCCAAAACAGGAGGCCUCCCUGACGCGGUACAGCCUGGGUUCCGAAAUGAUUAAAGAGGCAUUGCGGAUAUGGAAGGAUGGUGAACAGGAAGAUGCUGUUAACAGCAAGGACUGGAUUCUGAGGAGGGGCCUGGGUAGCAAAACAGUCGGCCAGUGGGAAAAGAGCCGUGCCACCGAAGUCGUCUCAACAGAGCCGUAA